AUGGCCAUCACUCUCAUGCAUCGCCGAUCAAAUUUCCAGCGUCUUCCGACCAAAACCGCCGCCUUUCUUCCACCUUCGCCGCCCAAAACUUCCUCCUUUUUCUCCUUCUCCACCUCCUUCCUCCUCCUCGUCCUCCUCACCAUUUGGUCCCUGUCCGUCCUCCUCUCAAGCUCCUUCCAAAUCUGCUUCUCUUCCCGCAAGCUCGACUCCUACUGCAUCUCCAGCGGCGCCUUAUCCCAUUCCCUCCGCCACCUUAUCCCCCCCUCCAACUUGUCCAGAACUUAUAAACCCAUUACCGCCGCCAAUAAUGAAAUUUCCGAAGCCGUUAAACUAGUUGAAGAAAAACUCCAUUUAAUGCGCAAGUGGGUUUCUGCUAACUCCAACAUUAACUGUAGCGGUAAAGGAAUUUUCGUCUACGAUUUGCCUUCUAAGUUCAAUAAAGAUCUCAUAGCCCAAUGCAAUAAGCUUCUUCCAUGGACCGAUCUCUGUGAGUUUUUAGUCAAGGAUGGUAUUGGGCUACCCAUUCCGCGUCUCGGGCCGGGCUGGUACCGAACCCAUCAGUACUCCCUCGAGCCCAUCUUUCACUCCAGGGUUCUCAACCAUCGUUGCCGGGUCUCCGACCCGGCCCAAGCCCGACUAUUCUACGUCCCUUUCUACGCCGGCCUCGACGUCCUCCGCUGGCACUUCGCCAACGCUUCGAUCUCAGAUAAAGACAGGCUUAGCAGCGAGCUUGUGAAGUGGCUGGAGACCCGCCCGGAAUGGACCCGACGAAGCGGAAGAGACCAUAUGUUUGUUCUCGGGAAAAUCUCAUGGGAUUUCCGUCGGGUCGGCGACGGCCCAUGGGGCAGCAAUUUUUUAUCUUUACCCGAAAUGCAAUCUCCCUUUAAGUUUCUUAUCGAGAGGCAGCCGUGGGAAUUAAAUGAGAUCGGGAUCCCCCACCCCACCCACUUCCACCCGCAUUCGGACGACGAUAUUGCCACGUGGCAGGCGCGGGUGGCUUCUGCGGCGCGGGGAAAGCUGGUGAGUUUUGUGGGUGCGGCGAGGCCUGAGUCAACGGAAAGCAUAAGGUCGGUGUUGAUAAAACAGUGUACGGCGGCGGCGGCGGAAUGUCGGUUCGUUGAUUGCGGCGGUGGCGGAUGCGGCGAGCCGGGAGAUGUGAUGACGACGUUCAUGGAGUCGGAGUUUUGUUUACAGCCGCCGGGAGAUAGCCCGACGAGGAAGUCCGUUUUCGAUGGGUUGGUGGCGGGUUGUAUACCGGUCAUUUUUAACCCGUUUACCGCUUAUUAUCAGUACCCGUGGCACUUACCGGAGGAUUACGAGAAGUAUUCGGUCUAUGUGGAGGAGGAGGAGGUGAGAACAGGGAAGGUGAAUGUGAUGGAAAGGCUGAGAGCUGUGGAACCGGAUAAGAGGAAGGAGAUGAGGAGGUACAUUAUAUAUGAGCUAAUGCCUGGAUUGCUGUAUGGAGAUGCCGGCUCACAAUUUAGGAAAUUUCGCGAUGCUUUUGGAAUUAUUAUGGAUAGUAUGACCGAAAUUGCUAGUAAAUUAGAAUAA